AUGGAAGGACAUUCGGAUGGUAAUGAAAGACAUCCAUUUAGCAGUGCGGCCUCGCCUGUAGGACGUGAAUUCGUCGACACAGUUCCACAAAAGGAUCUGAGUCGUUGUUGUCUACCAUCCAACGUGUGUGAGCUACUCGUUGUUCGCCAUGGCUUGACGGAAUACAACAAGCUUCAUAGGCUCCAGGGCCAACUAGACAUCCCGUUGAACGACGAAGGAAGAGAGCAAUGCAGGGCAUGCGGAAGAGAGGUGAAGCGAAUGUUCGCGAACCCGGCCACAGGUGAAAUUGACGUCGACGUGGUUUAUUCAAGUCCCUUGAGUCGAACCGCAGAAUCAACGGAAAUAAUAUGCAGGGAAUCUGGUAUAUUAAGCUCUCGAAUUCGUCACGACCCCAGGAUCAUGGAGUGGAACGCAGGCAUCUUACAAGGGUACUUACUUUCUGAAAUACAAGAGAAGUUUCCGGCAGAGUGGGCCCUCUGGAGGAAGAAACGAGACCCGGACUAUAUUUUUCCUGGAGGCGAGAGCCUGAGAAUGAGGUACGCUCGAGUAGCGUCAUUUUUCUCAGAAAUUGUUCGCAAUCAACAGGGCAAACGCGUGUUGGUCGUCACGCAUGGAGGUGUCUUGGACGAGCUAUUCCGAAUCAUCAAAAGGGUGCCUCUGACUACAUCAACGAAUGCUCCGAAGCUGAACGCCGAAGUUCAUGUUGUGCGCGCUGAACUGAUGGCGGAAAUGCAAUCUUCGACCCGGCCUCUCUUGGACUCGACUCCAGCAGAAAAUGGCUCUUUUUCCCAGGGAGAGGAAGCACGCGGUGACUGUCACGUACAAUGGACGAUCGUUCGCUGGGGCAAGGUUAAAGACCCUCAGAAUAUUCCAGCGGGAAGUUGCAGUGCACAAGUGCCAAACGCAAUAGAAUAUGUCUGA